AUGGCCGGCUCACAGCUCAAGCGCCUCAAGGCGUCCCUCAAAGAGCAGGGAAUUGUCGGCCCUCAGCAAUCCAAAAAGCAAAAGAGACGCAACGCUCAGGAUGAGCGCUCUCGCAAUGACAAGAGACUCCAGCGAGGAGUUGUACUGGAAGGCAUUCGCGAGCAGUUCAAUCCUUUUGAUCUGAAGCAUGCCAAGGGUCCCAAAUUCGAGGUCACCAGUAACCGACCUACUUUGACUGCUGGAAGCAUCAAAGGACGACCUGGUCAGGCCAAGGCAGCUAGCGAAGAGAGGCGUCGACAAACACUCCUGGUUGAAAUGCAGCGUCGAAACAAGGUCGGUGGAAUUAUCGAUCGUCGAUUCGGUGAAAACGAUCCCACGAUGGCACCAGAAGACAAGAUGCUGGAAAGAUUUGCCCGAGAGAAGCAGAGAAGUCACAAGAAGAACUCCAUGUUCGAUCUGGAAGAUGACGAACCAUCAGAGGGCUUGACACAUAUGGGCAAGUCCCUUAGUUUUGAUGCUAAGGACGAUUUUAAGGAAGACGACCUGGAGGAGGAUUAUGACAGUGAUGGUUCAGUACGUGAGCGACAAAGACUGAAGCGUAUUCGUGCAUUGGCGGCGGAGGGGAGCGACGGAGAAGAUGUCGAGAAUGACGAACCUGAACGAAAAAAGACGAAGAAGGAGGUAAUGGAGGAAGUUAUCGCCAAGUCCAAACACUACAAAUACGAGCGCCAGGCUGCGAAGGAAGAGGACGAAGACCUUCGAGAAGAAAUCGACAAGGAGCUCCAAACCAUCCAGUACAUGCUACACCACAUUCGGCCAGAUGGCAAGCCCCAGGCUGAUCCUGCCGCCGUAUCCAAAAUUGCAGGCGUCGACCGCGAUGCGUUCGAGAAGAAUUUCGAUCUCCAAGUAAAGAAGCUUGCUCAGGAUAAGAGGGCUCAGCCUGCGGACCGUACUAAGACUGAGGAGGAGAAGGCUGAAGAAGAGUCUCAGAGGUUGAAGGAACUCGAAGAAAAACGCCAGAAGCGCAUGCGAGGAGAGUCAGUCAGCGAUAGUGAGGAUGAAGAAAUCAACAACAAGGGCAAGAAGCCUGAGCAAGACGAGAUGGACCUGGACGACGAAGACGAUUUCGGUCUUGGUAGCGGUAUCCGUGCUCGACCUACAGCCACCGAACUUGGAUUCGACGAUGAAGACGAUUUCAUCAUCGACGAUGAUCUUGUGGCCAGCGGAUCUGACGUGGAGCCACUCGACGACAGUGACGAUGAAUCGAUGGAGGAUGGAUCUGGCGAGGAAGCCGAGGAGGAUGAUUUCACCAAGGGCCUUCUCAACGAGGAAGAGAGCCGAAAUCCUGUCUUCGAUGCCGAUUCGACCACAAAGGCCUCGGCGAUUCAGAAAGGUGAUGAGCAGGGUCUUCCUUAUACCUUUACGUGCCCCCAGACUUGCGAUGAGCUGAAAGCUACUCUGGCUCCAUACCCGACCAAGACCUUCCCUACCAUCGUUCAAAGAAUCCGUGCCCUCUACCACCCCAAGCUCAACAGUAAGAACAAGGAAAAACUCGGUAACUUUGCUACAUCUCUAGUCGACUAUAUCGGUUCGCCUUGGGAUCCAGCAACUUCUGCUCCCUUUACUGUGCUUGAAAGCAUUGUGCGACAUAUCCACUCUCUUUCAAAGAUGUUUCCUCUUGAGAUUGGCAAGCAGUUCAGUCACAACAUUGAGGAGAUUAGCACAUCAAGACCAUUAGACUUGGGACCUGGAGACCUCGUUCUGCUGACUGCUGUUGGUACCGUUUUCCCCACUUCCGAUCACUUCCACCAGGUUGUCACCCCUGCUGUGUUGACAAUUACACGAUACCUGGGUCAAAAGGUACCGCAAAGCCUGGCACACUAUGCCGUCGGCGCCUAUCUCUCAACCCUUGCUAUCAGCUACCAGAAGCUUGCAAAGCGCUAUGUUCCUGAGGUUAUCAACUUCUCUCUGAACACCCUCUGUGCUUUGGCGCCUGCUGCUUCUUCCAAGCAACUCGGAAACUUUCCCAUCCACAUCGCUCCCGCCGGUGUCCGCACCGAGGGUGCAAACAAGACCAAGGUUCGGAAACCAAAUUUCUCGGACUGUAUCGAUGGAGAGUCAAAGAAGUCUGAAGUUACUGCCAGUAAGGUUGCCAUUAUCGACACCACAACGUCUAUCUUGGAGGCGGCCGCCGACUUGUGGACUGGAAAGAGUGCAUUCCUGGAGACUUUUGGCCAGGCUAAAAACGUUCUAAAGCAUCUCAACGGCAAGACUUGCCGACCCCAACUGCCUGCCGCUUUGAACGAGAGGGUUGAGAAGUUGCUGGUCAAGUUGGACCGCAUGCUCCAGGUAGCCCAGCUAUCGCGUCGCAACGUGGAACUCCACCACCACCGGCCCCUGGCGAUCAAGACCUUUAUCCCCAAGUUCGAGGAGACGUUCGACCCAGACAAGCACUACGACCCAGACCGCGAGCGUGCAGAGUUGGCCAAGCUCCAGAAGGAGCACAAGAGAGAGCGCAAGGGUGCUCUGCGGGAGCUGCGCAAGGACGCCAACUUUAUGGCGCGGGAGAAGCUGCGCGUCAAGAAGGCGAAGGACGAGGCUUACGAAAAGAAGUACAAGCGUCUCGUUGCCGAGAUUCAGAGCGAGGAGGGCCGCGAGUCGAAUCUGUACGAGAGAGAGAAGUCUGCGAGAAAGAAGGCCAAGAACAGGUAA